UAGAAAAAUACAUGAUUAUGUAGCAUAUUAUGAUGUUAUCAAGAGACUAGUUAUCAUUGGUCGAUUUGUAUGUCAGGUGGGGCCCAUUUUACGGCGACUAUGGGCCCCGACUGUGGUCCAACUGUCCCGUGAUCCUCGCUCCAUCGAACGGUUCGCGUCGCUGAUUGAUGAAUCCCGACGAAUCUGAUGUGACUCGAAGAGCGACGGACGGGGUGUGGUACCAUUGCAGGCGUAGCGACCCGUACUUCAUCACGGAAUCACGUCGGCGACUGAUGAAUCCGACGGUUCCUAUGUGAUUAAAGGUACGAGUCUUCCGUUCGCUUGACGCCCCAUCGCCUUUAAUCCGAACCCAUUGUCCGUCGCACUGCGAAAUCACCUUACACUCUCACCUCUAUUUUCCGAAAUGCCACUCUCCUUUCCCGCGAUGGAUGAAUACACAGAAGAGGACCUGGAGAGAUCAAAGCGUGGAUGGACGUCGAUCCACCUUCCUUUCCAACGGCUUCAGAGGAUGAGGGUUAGGUGCUGGCUUGUGCCUAGUCCUUGCCUCAUCAGUGGUUGGAAUGGCCGACGGAGACCACCGCCCAUCCAAUCUAUCACUAACCAUUUGUGGAUCACGCGUUCCAGAUCGAAGCAAUAAGAGCAUCCACGUUUAGCCACGACCCCGGUGGGCUCGCCGACCGAAAGCGAUCCUUUCCCACCGGCUUCAGCGGCUCUUCCCCGUCAUGUCGCCGUUCAUCUCGCCCACCUAUUUAACUACCGCAGCUGCAAAGAGGCCAGCAGAGUGAAGCCGGACAAGAAGAAGAGCUGCUGCUGCUCGUUAUACUAGGAGAAGAUGCCGAUCCUUCGCAUAACGAUCGGAACGCCAGAGGAGGCGCGCCACCCUACCGCGCUUAAAGCCGCUCUCGCCGAGUUCAUCUCCGUGCUCAUUUUCGUCUUCGCCGGCCAGGGAUCGGGGAUGGCGUUCAAUAAGCUCACGGAUGAUGGCUCCACAACCCCAGCGGGGUUGGUGUCGGCGUCCUUGGCCCAUGGCUUCGGCCUCUACGUCGCAGUAGCCGUCGGGGCCAACAUCUCCGGCGGCCACGUCAACCCGGCCGUCACCUUCGGCGCCUUCCUCGGUGGCAACAUCACGCUGCUUCGGGGCAUUUUGUACUGGAUCGCGCAGCUGCUCGGCUCCGUGGUCGCCUGCCUGCUUCUCAAGUUCGCCACCGGCGGCCUGGAAACAACGCCCUUCUCGCUGUCGAGCAGCGUGACCGUGUGGAACGCGUUGGUGUUUGAGAUCGUGAUGACCUUCGGGCUGGUGUACACGGUCUACGCGACGGCCAUAGAUCCGAAGAAGGGCAACCUGGGAAUCAUCGCGCCCCUCGCGAUCGGGCUCGUCGUGGGUGCCAACAUCCUGGCAGGCGGGGCGUUCGACGGCGCCUCCAUGAACCCGGCCGUCUCCUUCGGCCCCGCGGUGGUCAGCUGGACCUGGGACAAUCACUGGGUAUACUGGGUCGGCCCGUUGCUCGGCGGGGGCAUCGCGGCCUUGGUCUACGACGGCGUCUUCAUCGGCUUCGGCACCCAUGAGCAGCUCCCUACCACAGACUACUAGCGUUCGUGGGCUUUGUUAACGAAUAAUCGCCAGCGAGACUCGCUGUGUUUGGAGUCGUGGUUUCUGAAUAGGGAGGUGCGACAGAUGAUUCUAUUGGUUGGUUGUGUCUGCUGUAACAGUUCAUGCAAUGCAUUUAUCUCAGAUCGAA